UACGUUGCAAAUAGACAACUACAACUCCCAGAGUCAAUUGCUUUAACCUGGCGGUGAUUGGCUUGUAAAGAGACAGGAAAUUGUGACGUGCAUUUGGAGAUGCGGGAAACUCUUGACAUGUUUACUGGGAAGUUGGAUAUGGGUCAUUUCAGUAGUACAUGAACUCCAACCAGGCCAAACUACUUUAAGUCAUACACUUUACGGUUCGGUGUGUGUCUAAAAGUAGCCUAAACAAUGGCAGCACAACUUCAGCACCUAGGGUAUGAUGAUGAAAAGUUGCUGCGCGUGAUGGAGAGGUUGCCUUGCAGAGAUGUCCAGGCGAGAAUGCUGCUGGCGUUAAUGGGAGAGCCAGAGCAAUGCAGCUACCCUUCCAUUUUCAUUUAUGGUCAUCGUACAACAGGAAAAAGCCAUGUGAUACACACCUUGCUGAAGGAACUGGAGCUUCCCUAUGCCACAGUGAGCUGUGUGGAAUGUGUCUCUGUAGGACUGCUGUUUGAGCAGGUUCUCCUCUCCCUCUUUGGCUCCGACUCUGCCUCCCUACUGUCCCGCAGUCCCUCCCUGUCAGACUUCGUACGAGUCUACAAACAACUGUGUGUCCAGGCCUCAGCCAAGCAGACACGAUACAUUGUGCUGGACCGGGUUGAGCUCCUUAGAGAUAUGGAAGCCAAUCUCCUCCCUGCCUUCUUGCGCCUUCAGGAACUGGUUGAUGACAAUGUGACAGUGAUCAUGCUCAGUGAGAUAGUAUGGGAUAAGUUCCGACCCAACACUGGCUGCUUUGAACCACUGCUGCUCCACUUCCCUGACUACAGUAAAGGGGAGCUGCAGCAGAUCCUGUCUGAGGACAGCCACCCGUCCUACUCCCCAGAGCUCUACUCUGCCUUCAUCAACAUCCUACUGGGAGUCUUCUACUCUGUCUGCAGGGACCUCCGAGAGCUCAGACACCUGGCUGCCCUCAAUUUCUCUAAAUUCGUUGAACCUUUGGAGCAAGGCAAAGUGAAAGAGGGUGACACUCACAAGCUGUGGAGGAACAUCGAGCCUUACCUGAAGAAGGCCAUGCAGACGGUGUACCUGCGAGAGUUGUCCAGUGUGCAGUGGGAGCAACAGCUGCAGAUGGAGGAGAAGGAGGCAGGAGCCGUGAGAGGUCUGUCUGCUCAUGCCCAUGUGGAGUUGCCUUACUACUCCAAGUUCCUGCUGAUAGCUGCAUACCUGGGCUCCUACAACCCUGCUCGCACUGACAAACGCUUCUUCCUCAAGCACCAUGGCAAAAUAAAAAAGACCAACUUUUUGAAGAAACAUGAAAAGACCAGUAAUCACCUGCUGGGGCCCAAGCCGUUCCCUCUGGACCGUCUCCUGGCCAUCUUCUACAGUGUGGUGGAUAGCAGAGUGGCCCCCACCGCCAGUGUUUUCUCUCAGAUCUCCUCCCUGGUGACCCUUCAGCUGUUGAUUCAGGUGGGCCACGAUGACCAGCUGGAUGCGCCCAAGUACAAAUGUGCCGUCUCUCUGGACUUCAUCCUUGCCAUCUCCAGGACUGUGAGCUUUGACAUGGUAAAAUACCUGUAUGACUUCCUCUAAGCGUGGUGGUAUAAGGGAGAGGAAUUCAGCUGGACUCUGAUGGAUUGGAAUGUACUGGUGGACAUUGGACAAACAUGAGCAGAAAGGUGGGAGAUGCCUCGCUUGUCUGGACUCCUCACUGUGUGUGCACUGUGCAGGACCAGAGGACUAUGGAAUCAUUAGGCCUAUGCUUUACUGCCCCCUGGUGACUGACUGGGAACCACCUUCAGACACCAGCAUCUGCAGCAUUGUGAAUGUACUGCAUUGUGAAUGCGCCUAUUGAUUCCUUAGCUGCGCCUAUUGAUUCCCUAGCUACACCUGUUUGAUUGUGGUGAACAAACAAUGGAGAGUAUUCAUACUUUUCUGGAUUUACAGGAUACCUUGGGGUUUUGGUGGACAAUACUUCAAAAUAAAAUGUCCCUGUUAACAAAGGUUUCAUAAUUGUGACAGGAUUCUGUUCUCUCCAUAGUCUGACAUCUAAAGCUACGCACAAUAAGAACCUGGUAGAAUGAAGGACUCAUCGAAGACUUCUUAAGGUACAAAAUGUAGGGAAUAUAAUUAACUCAGCAACAACAACAAAAAAAUCCCUUUUUUAGGACCCUGUCUUUCAAAGAUCAUUUGUAAAAAUCCAAAUAACUUCACAGAUCUUCAUUGUAAAGGGUUUAAACACAGUUUCCCAUGCUUGUUCAAUGAACCAUAAACAUUUAAUUAACACGCACCUGUGGAACGGUCGUUAAGACACUAACAGCUUACAGACGGUAGGCAAUGAAGGUCACCGUUAUGAAGACUUAGGACACUAAAGAGGCCUUUCUACUGACUCUGAAAAACACCAAAAGAAAGAUGCCCGGGGUCCCUGCUCAGCUGCAUGAACGUGCCUUAGGCAUGCUGCAAGGAGGCAUGAGGACUGCAGAUGUGGCCAGGGCAAUAAAUUGCAAUGUCCGUGCUGUGAGACGCCUAAGACAGUGCUACAGGGAGACCGGACAGACAGCUGAUCGUCCUCGCAGUGGCAGACCACGUGUAACCACCUGCACCGGAUCAGUACAUCCGAACAUCACACCUGCAGGACAGGUACAGGAUGGCAGCAACAACUGCCCGAGUUACACCAGGAACGCACAAUCCCUCCAUCAGUGCUCAGACUGUCUGCAAUAGACUGAGAGGCUGGACUGAGGGCUUGUAGGCCUGUUUGUAAGGCAGAUCCUCACCAGACAUCACCGGCAACAACGUCGCCUAUGGGCACAGACCCACCAUUGCUGGACCAGACAGGAUUGGCAAAAAGUGCUCUUUGACAAGUUGCAGUUUUGUCUCACCAGGGGUGGUGGUUGGAUUUGCGUUUUUCGUCGAGGGAGCGUUACACCGAGGCCUGUACUCUGGAACGGGACCGAGGUGGAGGGUACGUCAUGGUCUGGGGAGGUGUAUCACAGCAUAAUCGGACUGAGCUUGUCAUUGCAGGCAAUCUCAGCACUGAGCGUUACAGGGAAGUCAUCCUCCUCCCUCAUGUGGUACCCUUCCUGCAGGCUCAUCCUGACAUGACCCCGCAUCGUGACAAUGCCACCAGCCAUACUGCUCAUUCUGUGUGUGAUUUCCUGAAAGACAGGAAUGUCAGUGUUCUGCCAUGGCCAGCGAAGAGCCCGGAUCUCAAUCCCAUUGAGCACGUCUGGGACCUGUUGGAUGUGAGGGCUAGGGCCAUUCCCCCCCAGAAAUGUCUGGGAACUUGCAGGUGCCUUGGUGGAAGAGUGGGGUAACAUCUCACAGCAAGAACUGGCAAAUCUGGUGCAGUCCACGAGGAGGAGAUGCACUGCAGUACUUAAUGCAGCUGGUGGCCACACCAGAUACUGACUGUUACUUUUGAUUUUGACCCCCCUUUUGUUCAGGGACACAUUGUUCCAUUUCUGUUAGUCACAUGUCUGUGGAACUUGUUCAGUUUAUGUCUCAGUUGUUGGAUCUUGUUAUGUUCAUAUUAAAUAUUUACACAUUAAGUUUGCUGAAAAUAAACGCAGUUGACAGUGA